CCUGAAGAGGAGGAGGAGGAGGAGGAGAAGGAGGAGAAGAGGGAGCUGAAGGUCACAGCUGGUGAAACAUUAACAUAAAUACUGAUAUCAAAACCGAUUAACGACUGAUCGAAUUCAUCAGUUGCACGAGGAGCAGGACCGCGACGUGAGAGGAGCGAUAAACGGAUCCACUGCAGCAUCCCUGAUCCCCUGUCUGUCGGAUUCUCCAUCACCAGCCUCCACCUGUCUCUCCACCCGCCUCCAUCAUGGGGAACCGAGGUAUGGAGGAGCUCAUCCCGAUGGUGAACCAGCUCCAGGAUGCCUUCUCCUCCAUCGGCCAGAACGCGAGUCUCGACCUGCCGCAGAUCGCGGUGGUGGGCGGACAGAGCGCCGGGAAGAGCUCGGUACUGGAGAACUUCGUGGGCAAAGACUUCCUUCCCCGUGGCUCAGGUAUCGUGACUCGGCGACCCCUGGUGCUGCAGCUCAUCAAUUCACCCACAGAGUAUGCCGAGUUCCUGCACUGCAAGGGGAAGAAGUUCAUCGACUUUGAUGAAGUCCGUCAGGAGAUUGAAGCUGAGACAGAUCGAGUCACUGGGCAAAACAAGGGAAUCAGUCCAGUCCCCAUCAACCUCAGAGUCUAUUCACCCAAUGUAUUGAACCUGACUCUCGUGGAUCUUCCCGGGAUGACAAAGGUCCCAGUUGGAGACCAACCAGCUGACAUCGAGCACCAAAUAAGAGAAAUGCUCAUGCAGUUUGUCACCAAGGACAACUGCCUCCUUCUGGCUGUUUCUCCUGCCAACUCUGACCUUGCCAACUCUGAUGCUCUAAAGAUCGCCAAGGAGGUCGACCCACAAGGUCUGAGGACCAUUGGUGUGAUCACCAAACUGGAUCUGAUGGAUGAAGGAACCGAUGCCAGAGAUAUCCUGGAGAAUAAACUGCUUCCACUCCGCAGAGGUUACAUUGGGGUGGUGAAUCGCAGUCAGAAGGACAUUGAUGGGAAGAAAGACAUCACUGCGGCUCUUCAAGCAGAGAGGAAGUUCUUCUUGUCUCACCCAGGAUACCGACACCUGGCCGACCGCAUGGGCACCGCCUACCUACAGAAAACCCUCAACCAGCAACUGACCAACCACAUCCGGGACACUUUGCCAGCGUUCCGCAGCAAAAUGCAAAGCCAACUGCUGUCCAUUGAGAAGGAGGUGGAGGAGUACAAGAACUUUAGACCAGAUGACCCGAGCCGCAAGACCAAGGCCCUGCUGCAGAUGGUACAGCAGUUUGCAGUGGACUUUGAGAAGAGGAUCGAAGGAUCUGGAGAUCAGGUCGACACCUAUGAACUGUCAGGAGGAGCUAAAAUCAACAGGAUCUUUCAUGAACGCUUCCCAUUCGAAAUGGUCAAGUUGGAGAGUGAUGAGAAAACUCUUCGUAAAGAGAUCAGCUACGCCAUCAAGAACAUCCAUGGAAUCAGGACGGGUUUGUUCACACCUGACAUGGCGUUCGAGACGAUCGUGAAGCGCCUGAUCGCACAGAUCAAAGUGCCGUGUCAGAAAUGUGUUGACAUGGUGAUAAAUGAGCUGGUCAACACAGUCAGACAGUGCACACAGAAGCUGGCUCAAUAUCCGAUGCUGAGAGAGGAGAUGGAGAGAAUCGUCACUCAGCAUAUCAGAGACAGAGAGAGUCGCACCAAAGACCAGGUGAUACUGCUCAUUGACAUUGAGUUGGCCUACAUGAACACAAACCAUGAAGACUUCAUCGGCUUUGCAAAUGCUCAGCAGAAGAGCAGUCAGAUGAACAAGAAGAAAGCAGCAGGAAACCAGGACGAGAUCAUGGUGAUCCGUAAAGGUUGGCUCACCAUCAACAACAUCAGUAUCAUGAAGGGCGGAGCUAAAGAGUACUGGUUUGUCCUGACGGCGGAGACCCUGUCGUGGUACAAAGACGAUGAGGAGAAAGAGAAGAAGUAUAUGCUGCCUGUGGACAACCUGAAACUGAAGGACAUCGAGAAAAGCUUCAUGUCCAGCAAACAUAUCUUUGCUUUGUUCAACACUGAACACAGGAAUGUGUACAAGGACUACCGUCAGCUAGAGCUGGCCAGUGAGUCUCAGGAGGAGGUGGACAGCUGGAAGGCAUCUUUCCUACGAGCUGGCGUAUACCCUGAACGCACCGUGGACAAAGAGAAGGUGGAGGUGGAGGAGUCAAGUGGUGAUGGGCAGAUCCACAGUAUGGACCCUCAGCUGGAACGACAGGUGGAAAUCGUCAGAAACCUGGUGGACUCAUACCUGUCCAUCAUCCACCGCACAGUCAGAGACUUGAUCCCCAAGACCAUCAUGCACCUGAUGGUCAACAACACAAAGGAGUUCAUCCAUUCUGACCUACUGGCUCAUCUUUACUCCUGUGGAGACCAAAACUCACUGAUGGAAGAGUCUCAGGAACAGGCUCAGCACCGUGAUGAGAUGUUGAAGAUGUACCACGCUCUACGUGAAGGCCUCAGUAUCAUCAGUGACAUCAGCACCACCACCAUCACCACAGCGAUGCCUCCACCUGUCGAUGACUCGUGGCUGCAGGUGACGGGGAUGCCAUCAGGGCGCAGGUCUCCCAUGUCCAGCCCAACUCCCCAGCGUCGGGCCCCUCCUGGACCUCCUCGUCCAGGUGGACGUGCAGCCCCUGGGCCCCCAUCACGUCCCGCAGUGUCACCUGACCCUGGACCCCCCUCUGUCCCUUCCAGGCCCAACAGAGCACCCCCACCUGGAGUUCCCAGAAUCUCUAUCAGUGACCAGUGAGGAGUUCACCAAUGUCGGAGAGCUCCUGCAUAUCCAUCAUGAUCCUCCAGACCAGCCUCAGACUCCUCCCUCUGACUCCUCCCUCUGACACACAUACGCACACACAGACACAGAGAGAGAGUAGAUUGAAAAUAUUAAUGCUGGUUUAACACAAGUUCUAAGCACAGACUCCACAUUUUUUAUCUUGCACAUUCACAUUAAUUAAUCUGGCACUGAAUGGUUUAUUUGUGCCAACUGGUUUAAGCCGUUUCUAUAACACAUGUAUACAUUGCUCAGGUCAAUCAGAAGAGAUACUCAGCUGGUCUCCCUGUGAAGAGCUAGGAAGCUUAAGUUUUAUCGGCACCUUCUGCUGCACUGACCUAAACAUCCACAACUCAGCCACAGUUGUGUUGAAACAGGUUUACAGCUGUGUUCAGACAGACAAUGGACAUUAACUGCUGGUUUCACUCAAAGUAGCAAGCGCCACGUGAGGGAUGUGGGGGACAAUAACGGGUAUUGGACGACCCUCCUCCCCUAAUGAUGUCCCUUAUGACCCACCUUUAUGACAUCACAGAAACAGACAAUCAAUUGUCAGCAAAUAUUGUGAUGUGUGAAGUAAUUGAGGUAUUAUUUAUAUUAUAGUACAUACAGUUCAUACCUUUUGAUUCUAAGUGGUUCUAAUUGAUCCAAACAAACUACUUUCUGAGCAGUCCUAGCUUGAUAUGCAUGGUCCGGUUGGUUCUACCAAGUUCUGAUUAUGUAGACCACACUGACUUAAGGUGCAUUCUCACUGAACACAGUGAUUUUUUUCAUGUAGCAUUUCUCGUGCGGCUGUGGUUGCUGGAUAGUUUGUGUUUAUUCACCACACUUGUGCAAGUAAAUACAGCUGGUGACUACUCACCUUAAUACAAAAGCGUAUUGCUGUUAUAGUGGAAAAAAAAUUUUAAUCAGUAUCAUGUCAUACUAUAUUGUAUAAACAGGAUGAUACUAUAUUGUAUCAUUAUAUUGAUCAUUAUAUUGUAUAAUCGUGAUCAUGUAUCACGUUUAUGCAAUAUAGUAUCAUGUUAUAAUGUGAUAUUGAUCCAAAAACAGCAAUAGGCUUCCGUACCUUAAUACUAGAGCUAACUAUGUUUAUAUUAGUGUAACCAACAGACUGAAGCGAACAAUGCUUUCUGAUCUUGCGAUUAACCAUAAGACAAAUGUCAGCCACCUCUAACUGGUUCCACCUGGUUCCCGCCAGUUUUUUUUACCAGUUUUAUUUGGGUCUAACUGUGUCAUCAGGCCACUAGUUGAUGUGGACUUCUCUUUUCUGUGGAUGUUGCCUCUAACUGGUUUUUGUUGGUCCAAGAAGAGUACAUGACAUGACGUUUGAUCCUGCAAGCCCCUUCCUGUUUAUUUUUCAGUUGAUUUACUGUUGUUUUCUUUUUCUUCAUGAUCAUUUUGUGUCCUUUGUUCCCAGUCGUCCCAAUAAAGGUAGCCCCGCCCAUGGAGAGAGCCCACAGUCUUCUAUUGAAGGUUAACCUGAGCCAAGUGUUUGUUUCUGUCUCUACUGAACUGUUAUACUGAUCUCUGCUGAUGAUGUUCUGUUACUGUGAACCUUACAAGUAAUAAUAAUGAUGAUGAUAUUGAUUAUCAGCACAUUUUAAAUGUAUAUAGCAAAUGAUCAGCAAAGUACUAUUGCAAUAUUGAGUGUAUAAAUAUGUUGUCUAGCUGUCCAUCAGCUGUCAUGAGGGUGAGACAGGUAACUACCUGUCUAUCUGCCCCCUCACACUGUCUGUCAUAUUGUAUCUAAACAGUAGCAACAGAUUCAUGCGAUCAUCAGGUUUUAAAAAGAUCUGCCGAAGACUCCUGAGAUGGCGCAGACAGGAAGAUGUCUCACUCCUCUGGAUGUUCAGGCUGCUCUGGGAUCAGCCUGUUAGCAUGUUAGCCUGUUAGCUUGCUGUCUGUAUCACAAACUGGAGUUAAGUAACUGAGUUGUGUUUUUGAUCAAUGCUGAACUUUUCUUUACAGUGUAAAGUUUGCAUAUUGUUUUAACUUAUGUAUUUAUUUAUUGAUUAUCUGCAGUUGUUAUUGUGGCACUAGUUUGAACUGGUUCAAGCUAUACCCUUAACCGUUCCUGGUUCACGCUAGUUUAAUUUUGUUCACACUAGGUCUGACUAGUACAUUCUAGUUUCAACUAGUUUCAACAAACAAGUGGUGCACAUUAGUGCUUAAUAUUUCACACUAGUUUUGACUGGUUGUAACUGGUUCUUUCUGGGGGAAAUGUUCCAACUUUUAUGUUGUGACAUGUAAUUUCUUAUUUAGUUGUCUACAAAUUAUACACAUACACACAUAUAUACAUAUAUAUAUAUACAUAUAUAUGACUUAAUGACUUAGUAUGUUGUUUUGUCUAUAGAGUUAGUUGAGCUCUGAGCUGCACUCAACACAAGGCGUGUCACCAAAGUGCGUUUGUAUCUGUAAAUUGUCCUGGUGUUCAGAUCAGUGUCAGCAUGACUGUUCAGUUCUGUCUUAAAAUUGUGUCCCAUAAUUUUGAACAUUCGGUAUUAAACAAUAAAGUGUUGCACAGGUGGUUCUGCAGCAUGGGGUUGAAUGCAGCUCGGCCUCACACACACUCCUGUGAUAGUGGAUAGUUCACUCCGUGGUGUUACCAUAAAUGUAUGAAGAUUUUAAUGUACCAUAUCUGUGAGCAACAUAUACAGAUCUAUUAAACUGAAAUAUGCAGCGGCCCAGACUGAAGUGUAUGUGUGUAUGUGGGUGUGUUACACUGUGUGGAUGUAUGUAGCUGUGUUGUGUACCUUUGUGUCAUGUGAUCAGGGGCAACAGAGACAUGUGGACAUGAAUAAAGUUUGUGUGAAUGAA